AUGGAUGCAACAGUGAAGCUCCUUUGGGUGACACUGUUCAGUUCUUUGACUUUGCAAGCCAUCUCAGAGAAUACUUCUGACCUUCCUUUCUGGAUUUCAACAACCACUACCACAACAACCACAACAACUCCAGAAACUUCUACAGCUAUAAUAGCAGAUGAAAUCUACGUACGGCUGGGAAGCGGUGGCGUUAAUAAUUGUUCUGGUCAUAUUGAAGUCUACUACUUUGGUGACUGGACUGGCGUUUGCUCUGAAUACUUUAAUCUCAUCGAUGCUGGAGUUGUUUGUAGGCAGCUUGGCUGUGGCCAGGCAAUUGACACCAUCACAGAGUAUGCCGGGAAUGUUUAUCCUUACUUGAGCAAUGUGGAAUGUCGGGGAGAUGAAGACGCCCUGUGGCAGUGCUCUUUUCAAGAAGGAGGAUGUAACAGUGACACACUUGCCGGUGUGCUUUGUUCAGGUUCUGGUUUAUCACCAACACCAACACCAGGUAUAACUGUUCCUGAUACCCCUCCACCUACAGGUCUUCGAUUGGUGAAUGCAGCUCAUAGAUGUGAGGGCCGUGUAGAAAUUAAAUACAGCAAUUCAGUCUGGGGGACAGUUUGUGAUGAUUCAUGGGACUUAAAUGAUGCAAAUGUUGUAUGCAGACAACUUGGAUGUGGAUAUGCUCUCAGUGCUCCAGUAUCAGCAUAUUUUGGGAAAGGCUCUGGUCCCAUCGUCCUGGAUGAAGUUGGAUGUUUUGGAAAUGAAACUUAUCUAUGGGAAUGCCCUAACAAUGGCUGGGGAGUUCAUAACUGUGGCCACAAUGAAGAUGCUGGUGUCAUCUGUUCAGAUGCACUUUCUACAACCAGAGGUCUUCGAUUGGUGAAUGGAGCUCAUAAAUGUGAGGGCCGUGUAGAAAUUAAUUACAGCAAUUCAGUCUGGGGGACAGUUUGUCAUGAUUCAUGGGACUUAAAUGAUGCAGAUGUUGUAUGCAGGGAACUUGGAUGUGGAUAUGCUGUUGGUGCUCCAAAGUCAGCAUAUUUUGGGCAAGGUUCCGGUCCCAUCGUCUUGGAUGAUGUUGGAUGUAAUGGAAAUGAAACUUACCUAUGGGAAUGCCCUAACAAUGGCUGGGGAGUUCAUAACUGUGGCCACUAUGCAGAUGCAGGAGUCAUCUGUUCAGAUGCACUUCCUACAACCAGAGGUCUUCGAUUGGUGAAUGGAGCUCAUAAAUGUGAGGGCCGUGUAGAAAUUAAUUACAGCAAUUCAGUCUGGGGGACAGUUUGUCAUGAUUCAUGGGACUUAAAUGAUGCAGAUGUUGUAUGCAGGGAACUUGGAUGUGGAUAUGCUGUUGGUGCUCCAAAGUCAGCAUAUUUUGGGCAAGGCUCUGGUGUCAUUGUCCUGGAUGACGUUAUAUGUAGUGGAAGUGAAACUUACCUAUGGCAAUGUCCUAACAAUGGCUGGGGAGUUCAUAACUGUGGUCACCAUGAAGAUGCUGGUGUCAUCUGUUCAGAUGCACUUCCUAUAACCAGAGGUCUUCGAUUGGUGAAUGGAGCUCAUGGAUGUGAGGGCCGUGUAGAAAUUAACUAUAACAAUUCAGUCUGGGGGACAGUUUGUGAUGAUUCAUGGGACUUAAAUGAUGCAAAUGUUGUAUGCAGACAACUUGGAUGUGGAUAUGCUGUCAGAGCUCCAGGGUCAGCAUAUUUUGGGGAAGGCUCUGGUCUCAUCGUUUUGGAUGACGUUAGAUGUGGUGGAAGUGAAACUUACCUAUGGCAAUGUCCUAACAAUGGCUGGGGAGUUCAUAACUGUCGCCACAAUGAAGAUGCAGGUGUCAUGUGUUCAGAGUCUUCUCGUCCAACACCUACAGAGCCUGCUCGUCCAACACCUACAGUAGAUUACUUUUGUGGUGGUGAACUUCCGAUUCCAUCAGGGUCAUUCAGUUCUCCCUUCUAUCCUGGAAAUUAUCCAAACAACUUAAAUUGUACAUGGACAAUUAGAACUUGGAACAAUUACCGCAUCAACCUCACAUUUUCAAGCAUGCAAACUGAAUGUGGACCUGAUAAUGUGGACAUCUUUGAUGGCGAUCUCGACUCACAACUUUUUGGGCGCUUUUGUUCUGGUUCUUUCCUAUCAUUUAUUUCAACAUCAAAUGUUCUUACAGUGCGGUUUCGUACUGAUUUCUCAAUAACGUACAGAGGUUUUGAUGCCUUCUACUUCUCAUUUGAACCUUCUCGUCCAACACCUCCAGGCAAACCCGAUACAAUAGCAGGUCUCCGAUUGGUGAAUGGAAAUCAUAGCUGUGAAGGGCGUGUUGAAGUUCAUAACUCCAAUUCUACAUGGGGAACAGUCUGUGAUGAUUCAUGGGACUUAAAUGAUGCACAUGUUGUGUGCAGGCAACUUGGAUGUGGAUAUGCUGUCAGUGCUCCAAUGUAUGCAUAUUUUGGUCAAGGCUCUGGUCCCAUACUUUUGGAUGAUGUUAGCUGUAGUGGGAGUGAAUCCUACUUAUGGGAAUGCCCUCAUAGGGGCUGGGGAGUACAUAAUUGUGGCCACAGUGAAGAUGCAGGUGUCAUCUGCUCAGGCGACCCCAGUACAACCGCAGGUCUCCGAUUGGUGAAUGGAAAUAAUCGCUGUGAGGGGCGUGUUGAAAUCCAUAACUCUAGUUCCAUAUGGGGGACAGUCUGUGAUGAUUUAUGGGACUUAAAUGAUGCAGAUGUUGUGUGCAGACAACUUGGAUGUGGAUAUGCUGUCAGUGCUCCGGGUUCAGCAUAUUUUGGUCAAGGCACUGGUCCCAUUUUUCUGGAUGAUGUUAGAUGUAAUGGGAGUGAAUCUUACCUAUGGCAAUGCCCUAACAAUGGCUGGGGAGUUCAUAACUGUGGCCACAAUGAAGAUGCAGGUGUCGUCUGUUCAGGUUCACUUUAUACAACCAGAGAGCCUCCUCGUCCAACACCUACAGAUUACUUUUGUGGUGGUGAUCUUCCAAUUUCAUCAGGGUCAUUCAGUUCUCCUUUCUAUCCUGGAUAUUAUCCAAACAACUUAAAUUGUACGUGGAGAAUUAGAACUUGGAACAAUUACCGCAUCAACCUCACAUUUUCAAGCAUUCAAACUGAAUGUGGACCCGAUUAUGUGGAGAUCUAUGAUGGCGAUCUCGACUCACAACUCGUUGGGCGCUAUUGUUCUGAUUCUUUCCUAACAUUUAUUUCAACAUCAAAUAUUCUCAGAGUGCGGUUUCGUACCGAUUCCUCAGUAGCAUACAGAGGCUUUGAUGCCGCCUACUUCUCAUUUUAUGAUCCUUUUGGUCUCCGAUUGGUGAAUGGAAAUCAUCGCUGUGAGGGGCGUGUUGAAGUUCAUAACUACAAUUCCACAUGGGGGACAGUCUGUGAUGAUUCAUGGGACUUAAAUGAUGCACAUGUUGUGUGCAGGCAACUUGGAUGUGGAUAUGCUGUCAGUGCUCCAAUGUAUGCAUAUUUUGGUCAAGGCUCUGGUCCCAUUCUUCUGGAUGAUGUUAGCUGUAGUGGGAGUGAAUCCUACCUAUGGGAAUGCCCUCACAGUGGCUGGGGAAUACAUAACUGUGGCCAUGGUGAAGAUGCAGGUGUCAUCUGCUCAGGUGCACCCAAUACAACAGCAGGACCACCUUUUCCAACUCCAACACCAUCAAUGGGUAACUCCACAGGUAAUUAUACUUGUGGCGGUCUGCUUCCAUACGCAUCAGGGUCAUUCUCUUCUCCCUGGUAUCCUGGAAAUUAUCCAAACAAUGCCAAUUGCAUAUGGACAAUAAGAUCAUGGAGUGGUUCACAAAUCCAGCUCACAUUUAGAAUUAUUCAAACAGAAUGUGGUUAUGAUUAUGUUGAGGUUUAUGAUGGAGACCUCUAUUCACGUGUCCUUGGAAAAUAUUGUUCAGAUUCCUAUGUUAUAUUGACUUCUACAUCAAAUGUCCUCACAGUUCGGUUUCACAGUGAUGCUAUUGUAACGCGUCCUGGUUUUUCUGCCUUUUACCAUUCAUUUUAUGGCACAACUGCAUGGCCAACUCCAACUCCUCCAUGGUGGCCAGGACCAACAAGUAACUCCACAGGUAAUUAUACUUGUGGCGGUCUGCUUCCAUAUGCAUCAGGAUCAUUCUCUUCUCCCUGGUAUCCUGGAAAUUAUCCAAACAACGCAUAUUGCAUAUGGACAAUAAGAUCAUGGAGUGGUUCAAAAAUCCAGCUCACAUUUAGAACUAUUCAAACAGAAUGCAGAUAUGAUUACGUUGAGGUUUAUGAUGGAGACCUCUAUUCACGUGUCCUUGGAAGAUAUUGUUCAGGUUCCUAUGUUACAUUGAUUUCCACAUCAAAUAUCCUCACAAUUCUGUUUCAGAGUGAUGUUUCGGUAACAUAUCCUGGUUUUUCUGCCUUUUACCAUUCAUUUUAUGGCACAACUGCAUGGCCAACUCCAACUCCUCCAUGGUGGCCAAGACCGACAACUUUGCCAACAAACUUUUCAUGUGGUGGUUUCCUUCAACAUCAAUCUGGGACUAUUCAAAGUCCGUUUUAUCCUUCCAACUACCCAAAUAAUGCUAACUGUAUAUGGCAGAUACAAGUCGGAAGCAAUUCCCGUAUAACACUUACAUUCCAAAAUUUGCAACUAGAGGUAUGUGAUAGAUAUAGAUGCCCAUGCGAUUAUGUAGAAGUCUAUGACGGACCACCCCAUAGUUCUCCACUGCUUGGGAGGAUAUGUUAUAACUCCUAUCAAACAUUUACAUCAACCUCUAACAUGAUGAGUGUCAGAUUCCGCAGUGAUAGUAGUGUCACUGCAUCAGGGUUUUAUGCCAACUAUUACACCAUCCCAGCAGAUCAAAAUACAAAUCUUCUCUGCUUAUCAGAAUAUAUGCAAGCAAUCAUUAGUAGGAGAUAUCUGAGUACUGCAGGGUACUCUCCAUGGGAUGUCAGUUUGAUUGACUCUUCCUGCAGACCAAGGAUCACACCAUCUUAUGUGAUAUUCAACAUACCAUACAAUGGCUGCCUCACCAGAAGAAAUGCUGAUGCUGAUACAAUCAUUUAUUCAAACCUGAUCACAGUGUCUGCUCCAGGCAGUGGGGCCAUAAUUAAAAGGAAAAAAGACCUUCACUUGCAGGUCAACUGCAAGAUGCUGCAACACACUUGGAUAGAAACCAUGUACAUUGCUCGUGACGAUGAUUUGGUCAAUGAAACUCAGUACGGGCAAUAUAGUGUCAACCUUACAUUUUUUGACUCACCGAACUUCUGGUAUCCAGUGUAUGACACACCCUAUAGAGUAUCAUUGGAACAGAAUUUAUACCUGCAAAUUGUUCUUCAUAACUCUGACCCAGAUCUGCAGUUAUUUUUGGACACAUGUAAAGCAUCACCCCACUAUGAUGAUUUUACAACUCUGACCUAUCCUAUCAUCGAGAAUGGCUGUAUUAAAGAUGGGACCUAUCGGACUUACAAUUCACCAAAUAGACGGACACUUCGGUUCUCCUUCCAAGCCUUCGAUUUCAUCCGUAGCAAUCCAUCUGUUUACCUGCAGUGUGAAGUGGUGGUGUGCAGAGCUUAUGAUUAUAGCUCCCGAUGCUAUCGGGGUUGUGUUCAUGUGCCUAGAUCUAAGAGAGAUACAGGCUCUUAUGAGGAAAAAGUCGAUGUCAUUAUUGGACCAAUUGAACUUCAGCAGAAUGGCAUUCAGAGCAGAAAUAUUGAGACAGACCAACAGGUACCAGAAAAUAUGGAAGCCCAUCAUUCCCAUGCACCAUACAUUGUUGCUGCUGUCGUCCUUUCAGUUGCUGUCCUAACUCUUGCAGGAUUUGUUUUGAAAAAUAAAUGGAGAAGACCAGUCCCCUAUGAGAUCAUGUGAGAGCUUAGAACAUCGGGACAAUAUUCAGCAGAGAAUUCAGCAUGUCUAAACUAAUUUCUUUGAAUUAUGCAGCUGUUAGCGUGUUGUAAAAUCUCACAUUUGGAAGCAGAUUUACUAUACUGGAUUCCCAUUACCUGUGAUUCAUGUUGAUUUUGCUUAUCUAUGAAAAUAUAGGAACUAGAAAAUGUAUUGUGCAUGAUUCACCCUUGAGAGACACUUGAAAGUUUCACUGAAGUCUCCUAUCUGAAAUCUGUUAUCCAGAAAAGAUUUGCAGCAUAUUUUUUAAUUCUCUGUUGUAUAAGCAGAAUGUAUAAGUACUUUGGUAUUUUUGUUCAAUUGAUUCAAGUAAAAAAAUAUCAAACCUUCAGAACUCAAGCUAUUUCUUGCCAGCUCAAUGCGAUAGAAAAAAAAAUUCCCUGAAGUGUUUCUGGCCGUUUUGUGACCAAAACCUAAUGACAAUAAAGAAGCUGAAUCCUUUA